AUGGCGCCCAUUUCCACAGAAGAGCUUCACCUUUUUCACAAAACUGACCGUGAGGUCUUCUGUUUCUUAAUCUUCAAAGUACAUCGUGACCCUACACAAUCCCUUCUAGUCAUGGCCUUAUGGCUUUGGCUAGAACACAAUGGAUACCCUAACAUCAUCCAUAGAGUGAUGGGGUUACCUUCUACUCUUGUCAAUGCUUUGGUUAUUGAAGCUUUGUCUUGUUUAAAGUGCUUAGAGAUAGAAAACUUUCCCAUCCCAAAUGGUGGUGGCUUGCCUCUUACCACAAGGCUAACUCUAAGGAAUAUAUCGCUUCAAAUCUUCAAUGAGAAAAGGUACACCAUAAUAGCCGGUAUCAAAAGUGUUCUAAAAAAUAUUUGUGCUCGAAUUUUUGCUGAUGUUUUACAGAUUGUUCUGAAAAGCUCUAACAUCAGUAGAGUUGGUACAUCACGAGGUAACAUAUUAAACAUGCCUAUAAUUGUUCCUGGUUUCCCACACCCUUUGUUUGGUACUUUUGAUAUACCACCAAAGAAUUUUGUGAACCUAGAUCUAUCUGAUGAAAGGAUAUGGACUGGAAAUGGACCAUGUGAUGAAGUUACUGACGAUGACAAAUCUAUGUUUCUAACAUUUUCUAGAGGCUUUCCUGUGUCAGAAUUGGAGGUGAGAGAAUUAUUUAUAUAUGCAUAUGGAGAUUGUGUGCAAACUUUAUCCAUGGGAAGUACUGAUGCAAACAACCAACCUUUAUUUGCAAUAAUGGUUUUGAAAACUGUGGGAGUAGUAGAUCAAGUUCUCAAGGGAAAGCGUGUUGCAAAGCUUCAGGUUAAUGGAAAGCACAUAUGGGCUCGCAAGUAUGAGCGUCGUGACUGA